CGCGAGGAGGAGGAGGAGGAGGAUGUGGCGCGCGGAGGGGAAAUGGCUGCCGAAAACAAGCCGGAAGGACUGAAGAAAAUACGUAAUCCGGAUCGAAUGUACAGAACCGCCGUCGGUUACACCGGCCACGUUCCUCCUAAGAGUGUCAGCGAUGACACAGACAACAACAAUGAACAUGGACAUUUGAAAAUCUAUCUGCCCAAGAAGCUUCUGGAAUGCCUUCCCAAAUGCUCCUCCCUGCCCAAGGAGAGACAUCGCUGGAACACCAACGAGACACGACAGAGCAUCUGCCAUUGUGGUUUCCCAGUUUUUUUGAACUCGUCAUCUGAACCUUGACCUUCAUCAUAACCUUGCCCCCCCUCUCACCUCAAUUGGAUUAUAUAGAUCACUCAUUGAUACCCGUGUGAAUGUAUACGGCAGAGUGGCACUGUAGUAAAAGCUAAUGGGAGCGGUUGGACUUUCCUCGUCAUGAAGAAAUCGUCUCUUCUGUUUAACAGAUGACAGAUGAUUCAACUGCUCCUCUUAUAGUUCAUUCAUUCCUGACCAUCUCCCAAUCCUCAAACGUCCAGAUAACAAACCAGCAUCCCACUCGCACUGAGCCGGAUGGGUAAACACACACACGCAUGGCUGUGACAGCUGACCUUAAUAAGCCCUCGUUGGGUCUGACCUCUACAUCCAGGCCUGUCCUGUGAAUACAAUCAGGACAGCGAUCCAGACAGCUGUUUUUUAUCUGCUCUGUGACGUACAUGAGGCCAGCGUGACAGGUGCACUAUGAUGUGAACAGCUUUCAAGGGCGGCUCGUCACUAUGACAGCUUGUGUGUACUCUUUUGUGAGGGUUCAGGAAGCCAGAGAAGGUUCGGUGCAGUAGUUUUGGUGAUGCAACACCUUCUUGUCAUGACUUGUCUACAUUAGUUAAGGAAAAUUAAGUGUCAGGCACAGUAUAGGCAGGCCACAGUGCUUUAAGCCACGAGCAUCUUGUAUUAUAAACCCACUAAUGCCAUUCACCAUCAAGUUUAAUUAAGAACAGUUAAUUACAAAAUCUAAAUCAGUGGAGUCCUAAAUUAUGCUU